GUAAGAGCUUUUUACAGCCUAGCUCUCCUGAUCCAAAGUGGGAGGAGAUAGAGGGGAGGAAGAACAGAAAGUUGUAAAAGAAUUUCUGUUACAGGUCAAGAUAGAAAAGUAAAAAAUUUGUCAGUGAAGUGAAGACAGCCAAAGAGAAACAUUUUGGGAGUGUCGGAGUCCUCCACCAUUUACUGCAGUGACUGGAAGCCUACAUGAGCCAAGGGAGUAGUGCUAAAUAAGCUGGUUACCUCCAAGAGCAGACAUCAUGUUCUAGCUUCAGCUCCUAACUACAUCAGGAAUGACUUCACUGGGAGAGAGAGGACAGAUUUAUUUUGGAUUGAUACCAGUGGAUUCAGGGGAGGCAAGAUGUCGCCAGCAGCUGGAGCUGAAGAUGAAGGACAGGCUAGAGGAGCUGAGAAUCCGAGUUCACAAUGACAGGGAUUCUGUGGAUAUUGAUGAUGCCCUUUCAUUUGAUAACCCUGUUUUCAAGGAAGAUGAGACUGAUCCCAUGAGCAAGAUAUUCCAGGAAGUGGCUGAUCUUUCCCGGGCCCUGAAUAAUCUAGAGGAGUUAUCUGAGACCAUCGACAGGAAACAACAGCAAGUCCUGUGCUGUACCACUGAGGAGAGCAUUUCUAAAGAAAAAAAGGAGCUCAGCAACAUUACAGCCGCCUUCACCAAUGAUGCUAAAGCCAUCCAGCCUCAGCUCUAUGCCAUUCAAGACACCUUGGGUCGAGACAGCAAGCAGUGGCUGGCAGGACACCGCAUCCGCCAAAGCCAGCUCUCUGUUCUCAUCAGCCGUUACCGGGACAUCAUCAGUCGCCAUUAUGCCAAAGAGACACAGUAUGUGGAGAAGCUGAAGGAGCAGAUCAUGAGGCAAACAGAGCUAGCAGGCUUGAGCCUACGUGAAGAGGACAUUAAUCAAUUGGUAGAAAGCCCUGUGGGCCCCCGCAUUGUGGGCCAGGACCUAGAAGUACUUAAAGCCAAGCAGCACAUGGCUAUGGCUCAUGUGCGUCACCAGCAGUUGCUAGACCUGGAGGUCCAGAUCACUGAGCUGCACUCACUCUUCCUUCACUUGAACGUGCUGGUUUCAGAGCAGCAGGAGAUCAUCAACAACAUUGAGUACAACAUCAUGAACACGCUCGAUUAUGUCUCCCAGUCCAAGGACGAGGUGAAGAAAGCCCUGAAGUACGACCGCUCAUCGCGGCUCACAGCAGUGCUGUCAGCAGUGCUGGGCUUCUGUGCCUGUUGCACCUGCUUAUCCUGCAUAUCAGGGGCAGUACGAUGAACAUGGGAGGGGAUGCCAUCACUGACUGUGCCAGAGGAAGGGCAUUGCUGCUUUUGGUGUUGCACAGUGCCAAGAGGAUUGUGGCACAAACCAGGAUUACGGGCAAUGGUGUAAGUGUGCUUUGGCCCCACAGCUUCUCUUGAACAGAGAUUCCCCUAAUUUAAAGCACUUUUUAUUUUUAACUCGCUCUUAUGAGGAACAUGUUACUGAGUGCUUCAAUGAGACAUCGGCAGUCAAUCUGCUUCUGUUGAGUUUGGUCUACCUGCCUCAUGUUUCUAUUGCUGUUCUUUGAGGAUGGCACUGAAAAUAUGUUUUGGAGUUUUAUUUUCCUACAAUAGUAUCCCCAGGAAAAAUCUGAAAUGUGCUACUCAGAACAGGACAUGUGAGUUAAUGAACAAAUAUUAGACUGUUUUAAAAGAUUGGGACUUUAUAUUUAAAAAGACCAUGUUAAAAUGUGUGGCAUAUUGUCCAUCAUUACAUUGUGUAUGAAACCCAAUGUCUCAGUUUCCCAUCUUAAUGCUUACAAUACUUCUUCACCAAGUUUAACACCUUGAUUUAUGCACUGUCAGGUGUUUUUACUUGGAUUUAUCUUAUGGUGUUUGUAGUAUCAUGUCUUUAUUGCUGUUGGUUUUUUAAACAAAGAAGUGUUUAGUAUUCAUGUCUUUUCCAGUCCUACUAGCUUUUUUUUUUUGCCAUUAGCUGGAAAUAUUCCCACAGUCUGAAUCAAGUGCUUUGAUGUUUAUGUAAGUAUUAUUUAUUUUAAACUCCUGUUGCAGGACUGUGCUUUCCUUCACAUUGUGGGUAUGCUCUGAGGAAGAGGGGGGAAAGGAUUGAAUACAGAGUUUUUAAUCCUUUUGAAUUCAGUUUUACAGUUUGCUUUUGGAGAUAUUGUCAGAAUUUCAGAUUGUUCUUGCUUCUGAUUUGGUUUCUGUUUUCCAGGCAUUUAACAGACUAUAAUUAACAAGUGUACUAUGUUAUCAGUAAUUUUGAGAGAUCCAUUUGAUGCUUACCAGAUGUGUGGACUCACAACAUUAUAGUCCAAAAUUAAAAUGGUAUAUGUCUGUUGAUUCAGUAUAGUGCAAAACUAAUGCUAUGAACACAUUGGCAAAAACUCUCCAGGCAGUUUUCCCAAGUAUCUAAUUUAUAGUCAUCUUCAUAAGAAUGCAUACUAAUCCUGGAAUAUUCUGUGGGGAUUUUAUGGGAAAAAAUUCCCCACAAUUUAAAAAGAAACACCUGAAUUUAGAGAUUUCUAAUUGAAAAUACAUUUUGCCUGAAGCCGUAUAAACAAAUCUCCUGCAUGCUGCAUGCAUACUUGAAACUCUUCUAGUUUUUCUUCAAAGACACUGUAGAUGUAAUACAAUAGGAAUGUCUCUUUAAACAGAGACAGUGCAAUAAAGUGGGGCGAGGUAAAAUUUUCUCAGAAAUUUUUCUGUUUAUGUAUUUGACAGUUAAACUUGGCCAUGUUCAAGUUCACAUUAUUUCCUCUCUUUGCCCUAAUAAAAAC